AUGGUAAUGAUUAAUUACGCGAAUAGCGCAAGGCGCCCCGAUGACAUGCGUGAGACAUAUGCGUCGUCCGCAACUAUGAACCAGCGGACAAGCAUACUGGAUCCACAUCUUUCAGUACUGCAGCUGCUAGAACGAAACGACUCGGAUGGGGGCCCAACCCAGGAGGGUGACUCAUCUCAAAUGGGGUUGGAGUUGCAGUCCGCGUUGCACACAGCGCCAUCCCCACAGCAUCUGUAUUCGGAGGCGCUCAACCGCAGCAUCUCUGACUCUUGGCAAUCUAUCAAAAGGACUGACUAUUCAAUCUUGAAUAUGUUUGGGGAGCCGCCUGCGCAACCUGCUGGUAUCCUAUCAUCUUCUGACACCUCUGAAGAUGAACCUGACCAUUUAGGAUCUCCUUCUCCAAACAAUUUUGCAUUCCAGAAUAGUGCCUUACAUUAUUCGCAUCGACCCGUCGAGGGUCCCUCAGUGUCGUAUUCUGGCGUCAUCGAUGAGAACGAUAAUGAGACUGUUACGAUUAGUUUGGGAAAUUCUUCUAACUCAUUCGUGAUGCCAAAGCUCUCUUUGUCUCAAAAAUUUCAAAAGUUUUGCAUUCUAAUAGUUGGUAAGCCUGCACGUAAGUUUUAUCAAACCAUUCCUAGAAUGUAUCAAAAGUUGUUUGAAGUUGGCGACCUGGACCGCUUGGAAGAUGAAAAGGUAUCUCACUACAGUGCCAUAAUGGUCAUUUUCAAUGAUGUCAGGUCGGCACCAAACUUGAUGGAAAAGGUUAUGGACUAUGACAAGGCCGUCGUCGCCGUCUGUCAAAGGGGGCAGCAGCAACAAAUUUCUCACAUGCUACAAAAAACUGCGCGUGCGAAGUCCUUAAGAAUAAUCUACCAUCUUACAGUGAUGUCGGACCAUCAAGAUGUCCAUAAAAUGCUAAAGUAUUUGCAUAGUCUAAGCACGGAAGUGGAUUCAGGUUACGAGACCGAGGUAGCGUCAAGUAAAGUUCGAAAGCGGAAGAAGUCGCACAAAAAGAAAGACUCCGGUCUAAGCAGAUGGGUAUUAUGGAGUAUUUCUUUGACAGUUGGAGUUGGCAUUGGAUACUGCAUAUCGUGUGUAUUAUCCUCCACCAUGGGAACUCCCGCUACAGUGAGCCUUCAUUCUACGGACGAGUAUAAACUCAUCGAGGAUGUUCCAAACACAUCAAGUGAGAACGCUUUCGACCACUAUUUGAAUCAUGCAGUGUAUCUAUUCAGGAAAGCAAUCAAGCAAGUAAAUCAAGCCAUUAAACAGAUGUUGAAUAGCCAGGUGUCAUCUAUGGCAUGGAUGCAAAGGAUGGGAAAAGAGUGGAUUUCAGAGGAUUCUGAUAGACCAGUAGCUGGAAUGGCGGCGCUCGAUCUUGUUUUGAUUUAG